GAUUCUCUCAACUUGAGAUGUUGCGAAGUUACAUGAUUUUCUCCUUUGUCUGAAAACUUUGCAAGGCACAAAUUUUCAAUUGUUGGAUGCUUUGGGGAAGGACAUAACUAGGGAAACCUAACUAGAAGGGACUUAUUUUUCACAAGAAACUCCAGAAUGGUCCUAGGAUUGUAUGCUUUAGAGAUAAGAGCCCAAGGAGAGGAAAUGAAAUUUGGGUCAAGGACCGUGAAUUGCCAGGAACACCCAGAAUUGCCAAUGGCAACUUGGCUUGUAAAGUAAUGGGGAAAGUUUUCUGCAUGAGCCUUCAUUGUGUCAGGAUUUUCUUUUCUGCGAACUAAUUUAUUCACUUCUGUUCUGUCAACUUGACAUUGAAGUGCUCCGUAAACAUUCCAAGUUAUGAUCUAUGAGGAUAUCAGGCAGAACUCAGAUUCUGUUUGCCUUCUUUGGAGACCAUUUUUAGUGGGUCUACAGCAUGAGGGUGCCGCUUGACAGCUACUGGCAAACUUAAGUUCGGGGUAGGUUUGCCUAUGUUUACAUAUAGGAAACACGGGAAGUCUGAGAGAGAUGAGAUUGGACUUGAGAUGAUCCCAGCCAUGGUUUUGAUUCAGCCAGGGAUUUAGAAUGUAAUAAUUGAGUACCUGGCCAAAAAAAUUCAGGCUCCCUGCCUGGAACCCUUUCUCUUGACUGAAUCCUCCUCUGCUUGUGCAAGCAAAACUCCAUCCCUCCUCCCCUCCUGCUGCUGCCUCUGCCGGCUGCCACCAGUGCCACUGCCACUCCUGCUCUGGGAAGGAAAGGAGCUGCCCAGGUUCACGCUGCUUUUGAGUUCCCAGGACCUGGCAUUCCGGCAAGCUGCUGCUUUGCUGCUGGGGGAGACAGAGACGCUCCCAGCCCUCCUUUGAUUAGGAUAUGUCAGGGUUGUCAGGGCAACUGUUAACGGUGGCGUAUCAUAUUUUCCUCUCUUGUGUUGCGUGCUGAAUAUUUUAGUGUGCUGUAGCUGGAAGAAGAUUGGAAAAGGGUGCCGCAGCAGGAAGGAAGAUCUGAUUGAACAGGUUAGGCAGUAGAGAGAGGCAUCGGACCGAUGCGCUGUGCCUUUAAUCAGGGCUUUCCUUGAGAGUGCGGGGAUGGGUGAAUGCGGAGAGUGAGUGGGAGUGGGAAGGGGUUUGUGAGGGAGGUGAGGGGGGGUGAGAAGUGUGGGGGACCGCAGGCCCUCCUCUGCCUAGCGGAUGGUAGUAUUUGUCAGCUGUUUGCACACUGUUUACCCAUAGGAGAUCUAUUACAAGUGCUCAAAUGAUCCUGCCGCUUAGGAGCUAGCAGCUUCACCCAGGCUGCAAUUACAUAAACAUAUAUUUUUAAUAACAAACAAACAAACAAAACCCCCAAGUGGCAGCGACAUGCCUGGAUCAGCUACUGCUAUCCGACAAGAAAGGUUGAAGAAGACCAGUUCAAGGCCAAAUCCCCCUGGUUUAUUCACCAUUAAUGAGGAAGAGGAACAGCAAAAGAAUGGAAAUCCCAGAAGACUGAAAGCAUCUGAAAACUCCCAAGUGCAAGAUAAAAAGUCUCCUGCACCUGGCCGCCCCACCUCUGCUGCUUUAGGACAAAAUCGUAAUGUACCAGGAAACAAACCAGACCCUCCACCUGUACUUAGAGUUGAUGACCGACAACGGCUGGCACGAGAACGGAGAGAAGAACGGGAAAAGCAGCUAGCUGCAAGAGAAACCGUGUGGUUAGAAAGAGAAGAGAGAGCUCGGCAACAUUAUGAAAAGCACUUAGAAGAGCGCAAGAAGAAAUUAGAAGAACAAAGGUUAAAAGAGGAGCGGCGACGAGCUGCUGUAGAGGAGAAGCGAAGACAAAGACUAGAAGAGGAUAAGGAACGUCAUGAGGCUGUUGUCCGGCGCACAAUUGAGAGGAGCCAGAAGCCAAAACAGAAACCGAAUAGGUGGUCCUGGGGGGGAUCCCUCCAUGGCAGUACUAGCACCAGCAUUCACAAUACAGGUGGUUUUGUUGAGACACCAUUCACCUUUCUCGAUUUAGCAGGCCUGGACCACCACUUCACACCUUUGGGUGGUACUAGAAAAUCUGAUCCAGACAGGCGGUCAGUUUCAACAAUGAAUCUUUCGAAACAUGUUGAUCCAGUCAUUAGCAAGCGGCUCUCCUCUUCAUCUGCAACAUUACUAAAUUCUCCAGAUAGAGCUCGCCGCCUGCAGCUCAGCCCCUGGGAGAGCAGCAUUGUAAACAGACUCCUGACGCCCACACAUUCGUUCCUGGCCAGAAGUAAAAGCACCGCUGCCUUGUCUGGAGAUGCAGCAUCUUGCAGCCCCAUCAACAUUAUGUCCUACAAAGCUGCACAUUGUAGAAAUCCAGCUGACCGGCCCAAACUCUUUGUAACACCACCCGAAGGUACUGGGCGAAGGAGAACUCUGCACAACACAAUGGGUCAUAAAAGAGAAAAGGAGAGAGAAAACAUGCCCUUCCAUCUCAUGUCUGGCAUCCGAAGAACCCUGUCUCCAUCAAACCCCAAAACUAGAUCACCAGCUCCCUCCACAGUUUGGCACCCAUCCAAGUCCUUGUCUCAUUUGCCUGGCACACCCAGACCAACAUCCUCCUUGUCACUUGGCCCAUCCAAAACUACUGCUGCUCAGGCACGGCCCCCGUCCCCUGGCAACAUCCGGCCUAUCAAGAAAGAAGUCAGACUUGAGUUGGAGAAAAAAGACUCUGAGAAAAAACCUGAGAAAGUAGUUGAAGCAUCAUCACUAGAAGGCCAAAUUCCUUCAGUGAAUGCUGAAGAACAUACAAAUGAGGAAGGCUCACCUGUCAAGCCAGAGGCUGCUCCAGCUGCUCCAGCCACUCCAGCAUCAGUGCCAUCUCUGCCAGCCACUGCACCUUCAUCUGGUUUGGGUAAGACCUCUGCAGGAACCACUGACCCAGAAGAGGCCACAAGACUGCUGGCUGAGAAGAGGAGGCUAGCUCGGGAACAGAGAGAGAAGGAAGAACGGGAGAAGAAGGAACAGGAAGAGCUUGAGAGGAGGAAGAAAGAGGAAUUAGCUCAGAGAGUAGCUGAAGAAAGAGCUCGUCGAGAGGAGGAGGCCCGAAGGCUCGAGGCUGAGAGGGAGCAGGAACAGGCCCGGGAGAGGGUAGAACAGUUGCGGCGGCAAGAAGAAGAACGAGAGAGACGAGAAAGAGAAGAAAUGGAGCGGGUCCAGAAACAGAGAGAAGAAGAAGCCCGCUUACGAGAAGAAGCUGAGAGGGUUCGACAAGAACGAGAAAAGCAUUUCCAAAGAGAAGAGCAGGCGCGCUUGGAAAGGAAGAAGCGACUUGAAGAAAUUAUGAAAAGAACUAGAAAAACAGAAGCUACAGAUAAGAAAGCGAACGACCAGAGAAAUGGAGACAUAGCCAAGGGAGAUACUACAAUUGGAACAGAGAUAUCACCACUUCCAUGUGUGACAGACUCUUCAAGGAAUGGAGAACCAGUGACUGACCCUCAUCAGCCAAUAGUGACUAUAGACAGUACUCUCAAUACUGAAAAUCAACCAAAUGAAAAUGGAGUGUCUCUUCAGAAUGACACCUUUGAAGAAAUUAUAAACUUACCCAUCGGAUCUAAACCAUCCAGAUUGGAUAUCACGGACAGUGAUGGAAGCCCAGAAAUUCCUUUGAAUCCAAUUUUAGCCUUUGACGAUAAGGAGACUCUUGGGCCAUUGCCUCAGGUAGAUAGUGUUCAAACACAGCAAACAGCAGAAGUUAUAUGACCAUCCUUCUGAAGAACCAAAGGUGAAGUUUAAUAAGCAUUUCUACAGUUAAUGGAAUUCCUUCCAUGCUAUGAAGGAGUGUUUUUUUUUUUUCCUUCCUCUCUCCAGUUUUCUAAAGAUUUCUUGGAUAUCUUUUUGAGAGACUUUAUCAAAACCAGCUAAAAAAAACCUUGGGGAAAAUAGACUGGAUCGCCUGGAUCGCCUUUUUAAUAGUUUUUGCCAAUAGAAAAAAAAAAAAAAAAGUCAUGCUUCAUAUACUCGGCACUUUUAAAUGGCUUUUUCCAAACGUGCUCCUUCUUAGCAAAUCAAUAUGUUCUGUGUUCUUUGAAAGACCAAAUGCACUGGGAUUUGAAAGGGAUGGGCUAACUGGGAUGAUAGACAUGAUUUUUCAGGUGGAUGUCUUGGUUUUAAAUGCUGUAAUGUAAAAUUGGCAACAAAAAAAUUUAUAAAUCUCUAAUACUUGAAAAAAAUAAAUACCUCCUUCUCCAAGUAGAGCUAAUGGGGGGAGGGGUGUUUAAAUUAAGCCUGUUUGUUUAAAUAUUUUCACUGAGCUCUAUUUGUAGGGGCAAAUGAUAGGCUUCUGUAUCAGGUUCUUGUAAAUGCAACUCCUACAUGGACAUUCUGUAAAUUCAGCCAUCAUUACUUAUUUCUUGAA